CCGUUUUGUCCAAGCACAUUAUUCCAUUCUACAGGACACGUCCAGCCAUCAUCAAAAUCCGCUUUCUCUCGCCGUUGUCUUUCUUUUUACGAUCAUUUGUAACUCAUUGGAAUAGCACGAGCCACGGUGCAGCUGUUUUCAUUAACCCAGUUCUAGUUGCUGCGUCACCGCCGUACAACACGGGAUAUCUGAUUAGUGAGCACAGUUUUACUGGGUUGGAUAGAGGGAAUAGAGAGUGACUCACAUUUUGAAAAAGGGAAUGCUUUGACUACAGUGUGGAUUUUGACUGGAUGCAAGUGUGUUUUAAUGUGUGUUUUAAUGUGUGUUUUUCCACUUUGUGUUUCUGAUGGUGCAUCAGAGUGUUUUAUGCUAUUUAGAAAUGUUACUUUAAUUUGCUAAGUGGUUAACUAUAUUCAGUCAGAUUUCUCACGCGUUCAUCAACCGCCGGCACUUUACAUACUGUUAUGCUUUAAGCAUCUUAAUUACUGAAUACAAUGGUGCAAUAAUUGAGUAUUUAUAUAUUUGUGCCUUUACUUGUCGACGGGCAGCACACUGGGGUAACAACGACACGGAAAGUUUCGGAAACAUUGACGGAUAGAUAUGGCAAUGGUAAGGUGGAGAAACGGCGAGGAAGAUGUCGCCCGCGACUCUCAAGACGGAAUCUCUUCCCCGGUCUCUCAAUGCGAACCGUUAUCCCUCUCUACCGACCUAACGGGACACGUCAAUCCCACAUCCUCUCUGGAUAUCCCCUCAACACGUCAGACACCCCAAGGCGCUCAUUCAAGCAAUACAUCUCAAUCUAUCACUAGCCAAACGUCGACUAACUCCAUGGACAAACAACAGCCUCAGCAGAUCGAGUGUGUGGUGUGCGGGGAUAAAUCCAGCGGGAAGCACUAUGGUCAGUUGACAUGUGAGGGGUGUAAGAGCUUCUUCAAACGGAGCGUCAGACGGAACCUCGGCUACACCUGCCGCGCUGGCAGGAACUGUCCCAUUGAUCAACACCACAGGAAUCAAUGCCAGUACUGCCGCCUCAAGAAAUGUGUCAAAGUGGGAAUGCGGAGAGAAGCGGUUCAGAGAGGGAGGAUGCUGCCUACUCAACCGUACCACCACGGUCAGUUCUCCAUAACCAACGGAGACCCUCUCCAAUGCCACUCCUACCUUUCUGGAUACAUCUCCCUGCUCAUGCGAGCCGAGCCCUACCCCACAUCCAGAUACAGCACGCAGUGUAUGCAGUCCAACAACCACGUGGGGAUCGAGAACAUCUGUGAGCUGGCCGCCCGGAUGCUGUUCUCGGCGGUGGAGUGGGCCCGAAACAUCCCCUUCUUCCCCGACCUCCAGAUCACCGACCAGGUCGCCCUGCUCCGGCUCACUUGGAGCGAGUUGUUCGUGCUGAACGCGGCCCAGUGCUCAAUGCCGGUGCAUGUGGCUCCUCUCCUGGCAGCGGCAGGGCUGCAUGCCGCCCCCAUGUCGGCGGAGAGAGUCGUGUCUUUCAUGGACCAUAUCCGGAUCUUCCAGGAGCAGGUGGAGAAGCUGAAGGUUCUGCAUGUUGACUCAGCCGAGUACAGCUGCAUUAAGGCUAUAGUUCUCUUUACGUCAGGUAAACACACAACGCUAUGCUUCGCUGCUGUUUACUAUGACUG